AGAGAGAGAGAGACGGAGGGAGGAGAUGGGGGGGGGGGGUGAUGACAUUGAGAGUCGGCCCCCUACCCCUCCCUCCUUCACCUACUUUCAUCCGCGCGCGUCCGGUCCAACCGCGUCGUGUCGCUUCGGUCGCGACGGCGAGAAACGUAAACGCGGACGGCGCGGCGAGAGCCGUUAACGGACGCCAGGGGCCUCCGUCGUUCCAGACCGACAGGCGGCGACAGUUUUGUUAUAGUUUUAUUUGGGCAGGGACUUUGGGGAGGAGGAGGCCUGUUAUUGUUUUGUUUGGCCAAAUAAAUUUCCCAAGGGAAAAUUAAACUUAACGGAGAGUCGCCCCCCAACCAACACACACACACACACAGAGAAAAAAACCUAACGGAAUUAAAGACGUUUGUUAAGUUCGGGGGGGAAAAGAAUUUCAUUUCAUUGACGUUGGAGAGUUUGUCCAGUUUAGACCGGCCCUACUGACUCUCUCUCUCAAAUUUCUUUUUUGUUUUAUUCUUUUUCAAUUUCUUUCGGAAAACAUCAGGAAAAGUGGAAACAGGAAGGAAAGAAAACGUGAUCCGGCUUUGUUUUGUCGUGUUAACACGCGCACCAGUUCGUUAAACCAAAAAAUCACUUUGCGGAAGAUUUUAAUAUUCAAGAAAAACGGAACCGAACCGAUUCGGAAAAAAGAAAAAAAAAACAGUUGGUUUGGGAAUGCCCGUCUUUGUGGCGCCUCGUGAAUUUCCGUCGCCUGUUGCUUCCGUCACGCACCUCCCUGUCAACUUUGUUGGUCUCGCGUCGUUGAUAAGUGGAUAAACACACGCACAGAGAGAAACUGGCGCUCGACCGAGCUGGUCCACACAACGUGACUUGUUUAUUCUCUCCGUGCGGAUUGACGUUCUUCUCCGUGGCUGUUUUUAUUUUAUUUUAUUUUUUCCCCCUCCCGUUUGAAUAUUCGGCUUGACGUAAGUGACGCCAUCUGUCGAAGUCGAUCGUCACUGUGCGUUUGAAAAGAAGGGGGGAAGGGAGAGAAAAAAUGAUGAGUGAACAAGCGGCGAUGAUGAGUAGUAGUGAUGGCGUUGGUGGAGUUGUCGGUAGUGGUGCAGCUGCAGCGGCGGCGGCUUCGAGACGGGAACGACUGCGCCGUCCUUUGCCCAAUCCGCCGGAACCGAACCGCGGUUCAGCGGCUCAGUCAACAGCGGCAGCUGCUGCCGCUGCGGCCGGCGUCCGCGGCGUCGUAGCCAGUCGUCUGGCGGCCAUGGCCUCGGCUGGAUCUCCAAUUAGUUCGGUGACAUCAUCCUCGUCCUCCUCAUCAGCCGCAAUUUCGUCGACUUCCACUUUUGCUGGAGGGACCACAACAACAACGUCGGCGACAACCAAUGGCGACAACAACCUCCCGCACAAGUUGACCACAUCCUACAGUGUCGAUUCCAAUUCGCGCAUACCCAGUUAUCGAUUAUCCAGUCUGGAUCGGCUGGCCCAGCGUCAGCGUUUGUUUGAAACCACGACCGCCACUUCGGUCCAGCCCAACGGAUUGCCCACCACCGCUCAUCCUCCUUCAACUUCUUCCUCGUCCUCUUCGACUUCUUCUUUCACAUCCGCCACUAAUGUGGCCAUUGGAGAGUCACUCGCCUUACAAAGUAAGCGUGAAAUGUUCUUCAAGAGCGAUACGCUGCCAGCGGGUGCUGGUUUGAGCAGCUCUGCCACGGCCUCGACAGCCAAUAAUGCCACGCCCGCUUCUUCAGCAACUGGUGCUCAACAGCCGGUGGGCAACAUUGCUUCGCUCAAGGAGAGUUUAUUGGCCAACAAGGAGAAUCACACGACUGCGACGACGACGACGGGUGGACCGCAGACGUCAUCUUCCUCGGCAACCUUGACUGGCAGCAUUAGUAAUAACAGCAGCCAUGGCAGUGUGCCCGGUUUGGCCAGCACCGGAAGCAAGGUGGAGGCGUUGAAGCGGGAAUUGACGGAUGAUAGUAGCAGUAGUAGCAGUAGCACCAGCAACCGGGUUAUAUUACGUGACCGACUGGCUGAGAAAGGUCCGGCACCCAGUCCGCCAGUCAUCAAUAAGACACGCGAAGUGGAUUACGUCGGCUUUGCCAAUCUUCCCAACCAGGUGUACCGAAGAGCUGUCAAAAAAGGAUUUGAAUUCACCUUAAUGGUUGUCGGCGAGUCGGGACUGGGCAAGUCGACGCUCAUCAACUCCAUGUUUUUGGCCGACAUUUACUCGCCGGAAUACCCUGGCCCGUCGCACCGCAUCAAAAAGACGGUCCAAGUGGAACAGUGCCAAGCUCUUUUGAAAGAGAACGGAGUCAAUUUGACACUGACCGUAGUCGACACGCCCGGAUUCGGUGACGCGGUAGACAACAGCAACUGUUGGCAGCCGAUCGUCGACUACAUUGAAUCCAAAUAUGAAGAGUACCUGAACGCCGAAUCCAGGGUGCAGCGCCAACCCAUGCGCGACCACCGUGUUCACGUCUGCCUGUAUUUCAUCCAGCCGUCGGGUCACGGUCUCAAACCGUUGGACAUUGAAUUUAUGAAGCGACUCCACGAUAAAGUCAAUAUCAUCCCCGUCUUGGCCAAGGCCGACACCAUGACGCCAGAUGAGUGCACCUACUUCAAAAAACAGGUUCUCAAUGAAAUUGCUCAGCACAAGAUCAAGAUUUACGAGUUUCCAGACGUUGAUGACGAGGAAUUGCGCAAAUCUCAACGCGCCCUGCGAGAACGAGUGCCGUUUGCCGUGGUCGGCUCCAAUACAGUUGUCGAAGUGGACGGGCGGAAGAUUCGUGGACGGCGUUAUCCAUGGGGUGUCGUCGAAGUGGAAAAUAUGGAACAUUGCGAUUUCAUCGCUCUACGAAACAUGUUGAUCCGGACCCACAUGACUGAUUUGAAAGAAGUGACAAAUAAUGUCCACUACGAAAACUUCCGCUGUAGGAAACUGGCUGGAGUGGGAGUGACGGCCAGUGACGGAACGCUGGGCAAAUCUAAUCGGAUCUCCAACAAGAACCCGUUGGCGCAAAUGGAAGAAGAGCGAAGGGAUCACGAAGCCAAAAUGAAGAAAAUGGAGCAAGAGAUGGAACAAGUUUUUGAAAUGAAAGUCAAGGAGAAGACGCAAAAGCUCAAAGACUCCGAAACAGACUUGCAACGUCGACACGAACAGACGCUCCGUUCGCUCGAGGCCCAGAAACAAGAACUGGAGGAGAAGCGUAAAGCCUUUGAGAAUGAAAAAUUGGCCUGGGAGAAUGCUUCCGGCUUGACGCUGGAGGAAAUGCGCCGACGCAGCCUCGAAGCCAAUUCUAGAGAGCAAGUAGACGGCAAGGACAAGGAGAAGGUGAAAAAGAAGAAGGGACUCUUCUAGGAAAGCAUAAAAUUCUAGAUCACACACACACACAUUUACACGCAGACACGAACUUCUAUCUUUCAAUUUAGCUUCUUAAUUUUUUUCCUUUUUCUCUAUUCUCUGCUCUGUUUCUUGUCUCGCUCUUUGUGAAGAAGUAUCGAUCGUGCAGUGUGUGUCUACGUUGUAUUUUGUGUCUUGUUUCUCUUUUUCUGUGUAUAGUUUUGUGUCAUUCAUGUCCCCCCCCCCUUUUUUUUUAAUACCUCUCGGGAGUAAUUAUAUUCAAUUUUUUUUUGUGAAAUCAAUUUUUCUUUAUUUUUUCGAAUAUUUUGAACGUCUACUACCUCCCCUCAUUUUUCAGAUUUUUUUUUUUGUCUUCUUUUUUUUCCCCCUUCGCAGUAUGUGAGUAAAUGGAAAACAAUUUGGGCUUAUAUUCUUCUUUUUUUGGUUUACAUUUUUGGAACGUUCUUUUUUUCCUAUUAUGUAGACUGGCAUUCCGACGUCAAUUUUUUUUCUCGAGUUCACCCCGACCUCAUUCAGCUUCCCUUUGUGUGCCAUUUUUUUAUUUUGGUGGCAGUAUUCUUCUCUCUUUUCUUUGAAUUUUUGUUCAUAGGGAAGUUUCAGCCAUCUGAUGUGUCUCCCGUUAUGGGGUCUUUAUGUCACGCAAACAAAAAUAACAAAAAACAAACAUGAUCGUACUGAAUUUCAAAACAAAAAUACCCUCUUCUUGCAGUCCUGUCUUAAUUUCAUUGCAUUUUUGGGUUGUCCUCAUCGUCGAAACACUCGAGUCAACCAGGUUACCAUUUUUGUUGGGUUCGAUCUUGUCAUUAAUUAAAAAAAGAAAGAAAAACAGAGAUGAAUGCUGACAAAAUACAACAAAAUUUGUAAUUUAAAUAAUGAAUUAUUCCCCCACCCCCGAUCUUCCAUAUCGACUACUUUGUGUCAAGUGUCAAGGCUGGAGGAGAAUACAGAAACAUUAAAUAAACUAAUGAAAACCGUA